AUGGAGACGGAUGGAGGACGCCUGGGCUUUAGAGGUAAGAUGUGUGUGCGUGUGUGUGUGUGACCUGUGCGUGUGUGUUUUCUACACUGCCUGUGUAUUCUUUUGUUUGUUUGUUUGUUUUUUGUUCACAGCGCCCUCUGCACGACUGGCCAUCCCGCGGGGGACGGUCACGUAGUCUCUCAGCCUACGCGUCCGUUCUUCUCGUCCGCUGAGCCGGCGACGGCUCGGGGAAAGAAAGAACGAAUUCGUGGUUCUGAGACGACGCGUCCCCGCUCCACGAUUCGGCCUCUGACGCGCCGCACGUCGAUGGAGAGGAGCAGGAAAGUGCGCUCUCCCCCUUCCCCGGGGGCGUCCGGCCUCCGAGGGCGCCCUCCUCGAGGAGGGGAAAGCGCCGAAAGCGAGUUUGAAAAAUGGAUAAAGGCGGGACGGAGGAUUUGUCUGCGAGUCGACAUGCGGAGAAACCCCCGACGCUCUCCUGUUCCCGUUCCGGCCGGCUACCGCCGCGAAGACGUUCUCGACGAGGGAGAAAAGGGCGCGCGACUGCGGCUGAGCGUGUGGCGCACGGAAGGAAACGGAUGGAGUAAGCCUGGGCUUUAGAGGUAAGAUGUGUGUGUGUGUGUGUGUGUGUGUGACCUGUGCGUGUGUGUUUUCUACACUGCCUGUGUAUUCUUUUUUUUGUUUGUUUGUUUGUUUGUUUGUUUUUUUGUUCACAGUGCCCUCUGCACGACUGGCCAUCCCGCGGGGGACGGUCACAUCGUCUCUCAGCCUACGUGUCUGUUCUUCUCGUCCGCUGAGCCGGCGACGGCUCGGGGAAAGAAAGAACGAAUUCGUGGUUCUGAGACGACGCGUCCCCGCUCCUCAUAUUCAGCCUCUGACGCACCGCGAGUCGACGGAGAGGAGCAAGAAAGUGCGCUCUCCCCCUUCCCCGGGGGCGUCCGGCCUCCGAGGGCGGCCUCCGCGGCUACAGUCCAAGACCGUCCCGAGGAGGGGAAAACGCCGAAGGCGAGUUUGAAAAACGGAAAAACGCGGGACGGAGGAUUUGUCUGCGAAUCGACAAGAAAACCCCGACGCUCUCCUGUUCCCGUUCCGGCCGGCCUCCGCGGCUACCGCAGCGAAGACGUUCUCGACGAGGGAGAAAAGGCGCGCGACUGCGGCUGAGCGUGUGGCGCGCAUCCUGUGAGGAACGGACGGAGAGAGAGAGGGAAAGAAAGAAAGAAAGAGACAAAGGUUUCAAAGAUUUUUUUUUUAUUUAUUUUCAUUUCUAAGAGCAGAAAAUACUGUAAAGAUGUCUCAACGCCAACAGAAAGAAAGUGUUUGUACAUAAAAAGUGUUUUACAAAUGAAAAAAAAAAAGAUAUAUACAUUUAAACAUUAUUUUAUUUAUUUAUUUAUUUUUAAAAAACUACACCUUGCUUCAUCAUACAGUGUUUUUUUUUUUUUCUUUCCUCACUGCAGUGUCCCAGAAUGGUGAGGCUGAGCGAAGAGGACAACACCUGGGCUCCAGAGGCACGAGUCGGCACCCCACCAUAGGGAGUGAAACCACUGUAUCACUCGGUCAGUUGUAAAACACAAAAGUUUGAAUUGUAUAAUCGGCAGAGGUUGGAGAGCGUCGGAGUUGUCGUGUCGUCUCUAAGCCAACGUGUCUGUUCUUCUCUUCCACUGAACCGGUUGCGUUUUACUUUGCACAGUUCAGUCAGGAAGGUGAGCGGCUGGUUCGGAGUUAGAGAAGAACGAAUUCGUGGUUCUGAGAUGACGUGUCCCCGCUCCUCAUAUUUAGUCCUCUGACACAAAGACAUCACAAAAUGUGAACUCGAUAUCACUGACUGUGCUGACUCUGUGUGUGUGUGUGUGUGUGUGUGUGAGUGUGUGUGUGUGUGUGUGUGUGUGUGUGUGUGUUCCACACUGCCUGUGCAAGUUUCUCUUUUUGGUUUUACAGCGCUCUCUGCAUGA